CACCCGGGGAUAUACCCCCCCAUUUAUACCGCAUAUUCUCAUUCAUUGCUUGUCUUACAUGUUAUAUAGUCUGCUUUUUUUUUUACACUCUCUCAUUCAAUAACAACAAUCAGUCGACUCCGGCUUGUUGUCACCAUUGCUACUACUACUAUCAUUAUUAUAUAGUUUUCUGAACAAGGCUGCUGCCACUUCAUUCACACCCGGUCUAUAUUCACCAUUGCUGCCACCUGCAUCAACGCCGCCGCCGUCGCUGCUGCCGCCACCAUUGUCAUCCACCACACCAGCAAACAUCAUCGUUAAUUGAAAAAGACCCUGAGACAUGGCUGAGAGACGUCCGUUCGAACACCUACCUUCAACUGUUAUACCCGUCAACUAUGCCCUGCUUUUCAAACCAGAUUUGGAAACAUUCAAGUUCACCGGAUCCGGUGAUAUUGAUGUCCAAAUCAAAGAACCUGUUGAAUCAUUCAAGUUAAAUGCUGCUGAACUUACUGUUUCUAAAGCUUCUUUCAAGUAUGAAGGUGGAGAACCAGUUGACUUGAAAAUUUCCUUUGUUAAGGAAAAUGAAAAUGUCAUAUUCUCUUCUUCCAGUACUUUCAAGGCUGGAUUCGGUGUGCUCCACAUUGAAUUUGCAGGGGAACUCAAUGAUCGAAUGCGAGGUUUUUACCACAGCCAGUACACGGUUUCCAGUGGCAAAGUUGUUCAUUUGGCAGUCACUCAGUUUGAGUCGACAGAUGCCCGUCGUGCAUUCCCUUGCUGGGAUGAACCAUCAUUCAAAGCUACUUUUGACAUCACUUUAGUCUUUCCUAAUCAUUUAACAGGCUUAUCAAAUAUGCCAGUUACUGAAGAGAAAACUCACUCAACUGAUCCCAAGUUGAAGGUGAUGAAGUUUGAAAGGAGUCCUAAAAUGUCAACAUAUUUGUUGGCAUUUAUAAUUGGUGAAUUUGACUACCUGGAAGGUAGAGAUUCAGAUAACGUCCUUGUUCGCGUUUAUACACCAUUGGAGAAGAGGGAUCAAGGACAGUUUGCUCUUGAUGUAACUGUGAAAACACUGCCAUUUUACAAGAGCUACUUCAAUAUUGCCUAUCCACUGCCAAAAAUUGACCUUAUUGCAAUUCCUGAUUUUCUGAGUGGUGCCAUGGAAAACUGGGGUUUGGUGACAUACAGAGAAAAUACUUUGCUCAUUGAUGCAGAAGACUCCUCUGCGAAAUCACGACAGCUUGUUGCACUUGUAAUCGGUCAUGAACUUGCACACAUGUGGUUUGGAAACCUUGUCACUAUGGAAUGGUGGACUCACUUGUGGUUGAACGAAGGUUUUGCCUCUUGGAUUGAAUACCUCUGUGUCGAUAAACUGUUUCCAGAUUUUGAAAUCUGGACCCAGUUUGUCACGUCUGAUCUUGCAGCAGCCCUCAAGCUUGAUGCCUUACACACAAGUCAUCCCAUUGAGGUUCCAGUUGGUCACCCAGCAGAAGUAGAUGAAAUCUUUGAUGCCAUUUCCUAUUGUAAAGGAGCAUCAGUCAUCAGAAUGUUACACAACUACAUUGAAGAUACUGAUUUCAAAAAAGGCAUGAAUUCUUAUCUAACAAAAUUCAUGUACAAGAAUGCUGCAACUGAAGAUCUCUGGGAUGCAUUAGAAAGUGCUAGUGGCAAACCAAUCAAGAGAGUUAUGAGCACUUGGACAUCUCAGAUGGGUUAUCCUGUUGUCAAAGUCAGUGAAACAAAGGAAGAUAAUCGUCGUGUUCUACAUCUGACCCAAAUGAAAUUCUGUGCUGAUGGUAAAACGGGAGAUAAAACUUCAAGAUGGAUGAUUCCUAUUGAUAUUUCAACCUCAUCAAGUAUUCACAAACCAGUCAAGAAAGUUCUGAUGGAAGGUGAAAAGAUGGAAGUGAUUCUUGACAAUGUCAAAACUGAUGAAUGGGUGUUGUUAAACUGUAACUCAGUUGGUGUGUAUCGAGUGCAAUACAGCAGUGACAUGUUACAAUCUCUAUUGAAGGGAAUUGUCAACAAAACCAUUCUCCCUACCAAUAGACUGGCAUUACAGAGUGAUAUGUUUGCUUUGGCUCGUGCUGGUAUGGUGUCAACCGUUGAAGUGCUGAAAUUUGUCCAAUCAUACAAAAACGAAGACAACUACACAGUUUGGAAUGACUUGGCACAGAACCUAACAAAUAUUGCUCUCCUGCUCCAGUACACCAAGUACUAUGACCAGUACAAAGUGUUUGUUCGUAACUUGUUCAGGAAGAUAGCUGCAAAGGUUGGCUGGGAAGCUACAAAAGAAGAGAAUCACUUAACAACAUUAUUAAGGGACUUGGUGCUCUGCCGUAUGGGUCGUUAUGGUGAUGCAGCUGUCUUGGAAGAAUCCCGUAAAAGGUUCCAGGAUCAUGUGUCUGGGGAGAAGAUCCUUCCUGCUGAUCUGAAAUCUCCUGUUUACCUGACAGUUGUCUGUCAUGGAGAUGAAGAAGUAUUGACAUCUAUGUUGGAGUUGUACGAGAAAGCCCAGAUGCAGGAAGAAAUGGUUCGAAUCAGCCGAACAAUUGGUGCAGUUAGUGAGAGUAAGCUUAUCACUCGAGUCCUGGAAUUUGCCAUUUCUGAUAGAGUUCGUAGCCAAGACACAGUUUUUGUGAUUGCUGGUGUAACAGGCACUGUGUUAGGGAGAGAAAUGGCAUGGCAAUUUGUGAGAGAUCACUGGCAGUUUUUCUGCGAGAGAUACCAAGGUGGGGCACUGAUUGCCAGACUCGUUAAGUUCACUACUGAGAAUUUUGCAUCUGAAAAUCGAGCAAAUGAAGUUGAGGAAUUCUUUGCAGCCCACCCAGCUGCUUCUGCAACCCGUAACAUUCAGCAGUCCUGUGAAAAUAUCAGACUGAAUGCCUGGUGGUUAGCUAAUGAGUCAGAUGAAGUUGGUAAAUUUUUAGAUGACAUCAAGGAAGAUUAAGGACAACACACACACACACACAUACAUACAUAAUAUACACACGUAUAUAUACAGUUUUCCUUCUUGUUUAUUUUGUUUUUACCUUUUCUUUUUCCUGUUUCUAUUUUUUUACCUUCUGUAACGGGAGAGAAAGUGUAUUCACUUCAAGCAGUCAUUCAAAUACAUUAGUCCAUAACAUUUCCAGUUCCCUACAAUCUGAUUUUCUCAUCUUUCAGAUGAUGAAAUUUGUCUUCUUUUUUCUCUCUCUCUCUUCACUACAGUUGAAAAUUUAUGCAUGGAAAACAAUAGACAAGAUAGUUUUUUAAUAUCUAAUAAUGCAUGUGACAUUAAAAUGAAAAAUUAACUAGGAUUCGAUAUGUUGCAAUAGAAUAUAUUAGUCAUUAACUAUUUCCUUUCGAAUAAUUUCAAUAUUUUAAUCUUGAAAAUAUUCCAUUUUCUUCUACCAACAAAUAUAAUCUUUUAUGUAUAUUUACUGAGGGAAUCUUACAUAACAUCUUCAGCUGGCUGUGCUUUACUGAUGAGAUCAGAAUAAGACCAGAACCUAUCCCCAUAUACGUUUGGAUUCUGCAUUCUUAUGUCUGGUUCACUAUUGUAUAUUUUCAACACAUACAGUUAUUAUUUAGUAUAUAUUGUUCAAUGAAAUAAACUGUCAAUGCACAGUCAGCUUUUUACUUUUGCUUUCCCCAUCCUUUUGGCCCUUAUUUACUCUAACCUCCCAGUUAGACAGCAGAUACAGGCUUCAGAUAUUUUGGGUCAUUAAGUCAGGCUAAUGUUACUGAGCAUCAAUCCAAUGAUUUCUUUUUUUUUUUUUCUUCCAGCUAAAUUGGAUUGUCUUCAAAGUGACUUCCCAAAUAUCUGCUACAUCUCAGCACCAUCAAAUAUCCACACAUUUUUCACAACUUCUAACUCUUCUUGGUGCUACACCGUUUCCCUACAAUUUGCUUCAAACGGUCACCUCAUCCACCAUUUAUUUUUCUCUCAUGUACAACUAACCUGAAAUCGUGCUUUGUGGUUGUGGAAGUUGGCCGUCCUGACCGGGGUUCAUCUGUGACCUCGAAAUGACCAGUCCAAAACCUCAACACCCAUAUUUUCACCAUGGAGUAAGAUGGGCAGCACUCCUUCAAGACUUCCUUCCUCUUGCCAUGGAUUUCUGCUGCUCCUUUUCCUUGCAAAAAGGGGAACUUCAUGACGCCCCCUACUUGAAUCUUAUCAAAAUCCAUUGUAGGAGCUGCCAUCAUGCGUUAAACCUGCAAAAAAGAGAAAGACACAUUGUAUACCAUCAUGGUAUUUUUUUGCAUAUCUUCUCCUAAAUAGUUGUCCUACCAUCCUUGUAAAGGUAACAGCUCUACCCCUUUUGCAAUACCCUUAAAAUUCCUUGCAGUGUUUGCUUUUGUCCUUUUUACAUUCUAAAGUCAGAUUUUGCCGAGGUAGACUUGUGUCUUUCAUUUUCACAGACUGAGUGUGAUCGACUCAGGUGUUGUGUCUGCAUUUGAGAUAAUUAUUCCCAUUAUCUGGAAAACAAUGAAAUUGAUAGCACCUGGAAGUAUUAAGUUUCGUUCCUCUGCAAAUGACUCUGAAUUUCACCUUCCAUCUUUAUAGGGUCAAUAAAUGGAUUCCAUUUAAGUUCAAUGUCCUAUGAAGAAUCCUCUCAGAGAGGGGCAAGCUGACAAUAUUGUCCAAGUAAUAGAGAAAAUUAUUUGUUUGUUCCCAUUCUUUACAUUUGCAGUUCAAAUCCUGCUGAGGUCUACUUUACCUUCCAUCCACUCCAAGGUUGAUAAAAUAUAAUACCAGUCAACGACUAACUUCACUCUCCCUUCAGAAUUGCUGGCCUUAUGAUGCUGAAAUCCUUAAAUCAUCAUCAUUAUUAUCAUUAGCAUUGCUGCAUCGUAAAUUACAUCCUUUACGCCUUUCUAUUCAGGGAAAUAACCAGGGUUUUUAAGUUUAGAUUAUCAGGUAGGAUCAGUCUUAACUCGCUUGCGGUGGAGAAGUAAAAUGCAUGAAGAUGAUUGCAAAUAUAUACACAUUAAAAUGUGUUGAAAAUAGAAAUACAAAAUAGUUUGCCAACUUACUUCAGCAAUUAAUUCACCUUUAACCUUUCUCAAUACAAUCACCUGUAAUCUCACCUUUUUCAAUCAAAUCACUUGUAACAUCUCUCUUUAGCAAUAAAAUCACCUGUAAUGCCUCUCUCUCUCUCUCUCUCUCUAGCAAUAAAUUCUCUUGUAACCUCUUUCUCUCUCUCUCUAAAAAAAUGUUCUCUUGUUUGACUGGCUUGUAAUGUUGCCUUAUCUUUUAACAAUAAACCCGUCACUACUAAAGAUUUUUAUUUUUGUUCUUGUUUUAUAAAGGACUUUAUCUUGCUUAUGAUGAUGAUUAUUAUUAUUAUUAUUAUUAUUAUUCUUUGAAAAUCACCUGGGAUGUGGUUGUGCUGUAGACAGUUCAGAGCUUUGUUUGUAUUUAAAACUCACAGGUAUAAAUGUGCAAACUUAACUCUGUUUCCACCUUCAGUGCUUGAGAUAGAUUAUGGGGCAGCAGUAAAAUACAAAUUAUUAUCGUUUUUAUUAUUAUUAUAUUAUUACCCAGCUGCACACAACAAUAAUACUUUUCUUUAUAAAAAAUUUAAUCUUCUGCCUGUUCAAAUAAAAAAUCAUUAUUUUUUUAUGAUUUAUCAAAUAUAUAUAUAUAUUUUUUUUUAAUUUGAAGUUUUGAAAUUAAAGAAAGAAAUGAAAUUUGAUAAUAAAACAGGGAUAUCAAGAUGUAUUUAGGAUAGAA